CCGCGGCAGCAGGUCACUCUGCGGACGUCCUUGCGGGACGAGACGGGCGAGCUCUUCCAGGCCUGCGCCCUCUACCAAGCGGGGGACGACGGAGAACUGGACCUCGCCCGCUGUCCUGCACUGCCGGGAGGCAGCUUCUCCGGCCUGGAGCCCAUGGGGCUGCUCUGGGCUCUGCAGCCCCAGAAGCCUUUCUGGCGGCUGGUGAAGCGAGACGUGCAGAGCCCCUUCCUCCUGCAGCUGGAGGUGUUUGAGGGCCAUGGGGAGCCUCCUGGGCAGCUCCUGGCCCAGGCGCAACACGAGCGGUCGUUCCUGCGGGAUGGGGUACGGAGAGUCCCGGUGCGAGAGGGGAAGAUCCGGGCCACGCUUUUCCUGCCUCCUGGAAAUGGCCCCUUUCCAGGAAUUAUUGACUUGUAUGGAACUGGAGGAGGGCUCCCUGAAUACAGGGCAUGCCUGCUGGCCAACUAUGGCUUUGCUGUGCUGGCUCUGGCUUACUACGGCUAUGAAGAUCUCCCUAAAAGGAUGGAAGAAUUCCACCUGGAAUAUUUUGAAGAAGCCAUCAACUAUAUGUUACAGCACACCCAGGUUAAAGGUCCAGGGAUUGGGUUGCUUGGAAUCUCGAAGGGGGGUGACCUGUGCGUCUCCAUGGCCUCUUUCCUAAAAGGCAUCACAGCCACUGCUCUUAUCAACGGCUCGGUGGCAAAUGUGGGUGCAGUGCUCCGCUACAAAGACGUCACCAUUCCACCCCUCGGUAUCCAUACUGAACGCAUCAAGGUCAACAAGUCUGGGAUUGCUGAUAUUAUUGAUAUUCUGAAUAACCCGUUAGAAGGGCCAGACCGCCAAAGCUUCAUCCCUUUGGAGAAGGCCGAGUGUCGCUUCUUGUUCAUUGUUGGCCAGGACGAUCACAACUGGAAAAGCGAAUUCUUUGCAGUUGAAGGGAGCAAACGUUUGCAAGCUCAUGGGAAGGCAAAGCCUGAGAUAGUCAGUUAUCCUGGAGCAGGGCACUACAUUGAACCCCCCUUUUUCCCCAUGUGUGCAGCCUCAAUGCACCUGCUAGUUGGCAAGCCUGUGAUGUGGGGAGGAGAGCCCAAGGCGCACUGCUUGGCACAGAUAGAUGCUUGGCAGCAGAUCCGAGCCUUCUUCCACAAACACCUCACGGGCAAGCCAUCUGAAACAUCCAAUAAGCUGUGA